AUGGAAAAUACAGAUAAUGAAUACAAUUACAAUAUAGGGACUGAUCAUUUUGAACUACAUAUAAAAAACAUAUGUUACGAAUUAAAGAAAAGAGAUAAAAAUAAAAAUGGAUUAAUAUUAUAUAAUUCAUUUGUUGAAGUCAUGGAUUUAUUUCAAAUUGAAUAUAAUAGUUCCACUAUGGAUUAUUUAAUGAAACAUUGUUUAGUAACUGAAGAUGGUUUUGUAAAUUAUAAAAAAUUAUUGCUUAUACAUGAUCCUAUAAAAACGAUUAGAAAUAAUUCUGAAAAUGUAACUGAGUCAAUGAACCCUAAAUUUAUAUAUAUUCAAGAUAAAUAUGAUGAUAUUGAUAAAUAUAUUGAAGAAAAGAAUGAAAUAAUAAGAAAGUUAUAUUCUCAAUGGGACAAAUGUCUAUUAAAAGAUGAAGAAUUCAAAGUGAAAUUAAUGAAGGAAAAUAUUGAUAUUACUCCAGAAUUUGAAAGAUCCUUGUAUUUAUAUGGUCCAAGUAGAUCAUUAAGUUUUGCAAAUGUAAUGAAAGCAUUAUAUAUUAACGAUAGCAAAAAUAGAAAAAACAGAAACACUUUUAUAAAUAAAAUAAAGGAUGAAAAAUGGAAAAGAUUAAAUAUUCAUGAAGGUGCACAAUGCUUCCAAGAACUUAACAGGAAUCCUAUAGCAUGGGAAGAACCAAAUAUAAUAAAUGUACAAAAUUUAAUAGAAAACGUAGACACUAUUUCAAAAUAUUUAAUGAGAAAAGAAAAUUUAAAUAUAAAUAAAGAGGAAAUUAUAACUAAAAAUUUUUUUAACAAUACAAUAAAGAAUUUAAUAAAAAAUUAUAUUGCCAAUAAAAUUUCAGAGUAUGAUUUUUAUUUAUGCUUAAAUAAAUUGAAUAUAUCAAUAACGCAAGAAUUAAAUAAUCUAAUUAAAUAUCAUGAAAUGGACAAUAAUGGUAAAUUUAAAGAUUUUGCCACAAUAAUACAUAGAUGUAUACCAAAAAAUAUAUCACACAAUUUACACACAAACGAAACACUACCAAUAUUUGGAAACACUGACAAAUAUGAAAACUUGAAUUUUAUAUUUAAUAAAUAA